AUGGGGAGAUUGCUCAGGAGCCACUUACCGAGCUCCACCGUGCUUCAGCCUGCUGUGCCUAAGGAUGCUCACUCGACUCUCGAGAAUCUACGAGGCAGCAGCAGUAUUAUGACAGAGGACCGAGGCCGCUUCCUGAGCUGCAACCAGGAAAAUUUUACAAAAGCAGGUGAGCAGGAAGUAGUGCGCUGUGACACCAAUGCUCAGUUGAUGAAGAGAGGCUGCAAGAGGGAAGAAAUCAUCUCCCCGAAGAACACUCUAGAGCAAACUAAAGAAGAUCCUCUGUCUGUGUCAUUCGACAAACGGGAGCCUGUUCAGCUGAGUCCACAGAAGAUUAGUUUGAGACUGCGACCUGGGCUUCCUACCACAUUCAGGGUUUCUUUCAAAAGAGUUCGGGGUUAUCCUGUUGAUCUCUACUACCUGAUGGACCUGUCCUACUCCAUGAAAGAUGACUUGGCAAAUGUCAAAGAACUGGGAAAAUAUCUUUUUGCAGCUCUGAAUAGUAUCACUGAAUAUGCUCAAAUAGACAUUAGGGCAAAGGCUUACAGUGAUGCAUCACUGAGGCCCAGCAAAGAAGGCUCAGACAGAGCCUGGUGCAGAGAGGUAGAGACAGCCAUUAUCAGAUGGGAGAGGGAGUUCCCGUGCCGCUGUGUCGUAGGCCCUACAGAGCAGCUCAUUUGUGACCCUGCACUGAGGCCGAGGGCACCUGGCAUCAGGAGCCAGAAUCGGGGAGGCGAUGGCAGGCUCAAUGGAUGGCAAGCGACCACCCUCGCCGGAUUCUGCAUGGCAGCAGAGUGGGAGAUGGCCCUGGUGUCUCUCCAGCAUGCAUGGAGCUCCCUGAGGUACUCCUCUGAAGGAGGAACAGUGGGAGUUAAAAGGGGCAGGGUUAUGCCUGAAGAAGGCGCUAGCCUGAGCCGAAUCGGCCUGCGGAACCUGAAGCUGCAAGCGUACCAGGGCUGCACGAAUAAUGGCCGCCAUGGAGGCGUCCUCCCUGCUCUGCAGAGAGCUCUGAGCAGAGGAGUGGGAAGCCUCCUCGGGGGUGAAGAGGACAGAAUAGGUUGGAGGAACAGCAGCACUCGGCUGAUUGUGCUGACCACUGAUGCCGGAUUCCACAUACUGGAACCCAAUGAUGAACAGUGCUACAUAGAAAACAGCUUGUACACCAAAAGCAUUGAAAUGGACUACCCAUCUGUUGGACAACUAGCCAUGCAGUUGGAAAAAAACAAUAUUCAGCCGAUAUUUGCAGUGACAGAAAAUGUGGAGGAUGUGUACAAGCAACUCACUAAAAUGAUUCCAAAAUCCGAGGUGGGAGUUCUGUCCUCAGAUUCUAAAAAUGUGGUUCAAUUGAUCAAGGAGGCCUACAAAAGGUUGUCAUCCAAAGUGACUGUGACCCAUGACAAUCUGCCUGAGCAUGUGAGAGUUGUCUACACCCCUAACUGCGAUGGUGCAGGACCAGCAGGGGACAGCAAAGGGAUUUGUGAUAAUGUACGAGUGGGACAGGAGAUUUAUUUUAAUGUCACAGUGACAGCAGACCUAUGUAUUGAAGACAAGUCUUUCACCAUAAGACCACUGGGAAUUAAAGACACAUGGACAGUGACCCUAUCUACAAAUGAGUGUAAAUGUGAAUACCCACAGGACAGCAGUCACCCACACUGCAAAGGCAAGGGAAGAGUUAGCUGUGCUAUUUGCAGCAUCAAUGGGACUGCUGACAACCCUCUGUUCCAGACGGCCACCACCACGGUGAGCAACCCCACCUUCACCGGAGAGUGAGACACACGGAGGUGCAGCGCUCACACAACACACAGCCAUGUGUGUUUAGGGCAAGGUCAUUUGCAAAUGCCCUUUGCAAAUAUUUAUCAACUUGUGUUAAUGUUGACACGCUGUCGUUCUUAAAGAGGCCCUAUUCUGCUUUUUGGGUGUGUUCUAUUGGAUUUUAAAUAAAUAGAAUCCCUGUAUUCCCUCCAGAGGGAGUUUCUCUCCCACACUGGAGGGAACACAGGGAUUGCUUUUAUUCAAUGUCUCUUUGACUGUAGUUUGAUUAUAUUCGUUUGCAUAUUUUUACCAAAAAUGAUGCACAUUUGUUUUUUUUACUUAAAAUAUUUAAAGGUGUAUGCGGUGCAUAAUCAUAUACAGGAGGAGAGUAGGCAGAAUCUAUUGAGGAGCAGACACUCAUUUUACAGUUUAAAGCAGUUUCUGUUCAUGUGCCAUUAUGCUUGUAAUGAUGUCUAAAAUGAUUCCUUUGAGAUGUAUGUCUGUGUAAGGAAAACUAAACUGCAGGUUAAAUAGAAAACAAAAUGUUCAACUUUCAAAAUUCACCAUUUUGAAUCAUGACUUCCUGAGAUAAGUAUCUGCUCUCCAAACCCUAAAUGCUGUGUCUGUGGUGAAGAGCUGACAUUUAUUUUGACACAAGUAGGAAGAUCACGUUCAUAUUUGGGCAGGCUGAAGUAAAGAAGACUGCAUGGUGCCCACUUUCAUGGCAGAGCUCCUGAAAACAUGUAUGGCUGGAUCCAUCUCAAUAUUAAUAAAUGCAUAGAAGUAUAGACAAAUGUGUUUUAUGAUCUAUAAAUGUCUCUUCACAAAAGAGUUUGAACGCACCCAAAAUGUGUAAAUGUACAAUGCAGCAGAAAGUAUUUCACACUUUUAAGAAAACUCAAGACCCACCUUUUUAAUUUAGCUUUUAACUGAAUUAUAUCGUAUUCCGUAUCUCUUUUUAUUAUGUAUAUGUGUUAUUUUUUUAGCCCAAAGCUAUGUGUUACUCUGAUUAUUACCUGGGAAG